AUGGUUCAGAUUGACGAGAGCACCCGCAAGGCUAUCCUCCCCCAGCUCGAGCAGGUCGUCCGCGACAUCAAAGAGCAGGGCGUUACCGGUUACCAGCGCCACAUUGAGCGCCUCGCCGCCGGCCACGACAAGUACCACGACAAGGGCGACUCGGCUGGCUCGUUCGACGAUGACGCUAUCCACCGCAUCCUCUCCAAGGUGAACGAGGACGGCAAGGUCCGUGAGAGCGUCGGCACCGACCACCACCAGCAGGCGCUCAUUGAGGCCGUGGAGCGCGAAAUCAAACAGCUGAACUAA